CAGACGACGCCCUGGAAAUUCUUCGCGGGAAAAAGAUUCCCUCGAGAACUGUCAAAAGUGUUCGGGUGUAUUUCGACCAUGGGCUGUCUGCAGAGCAAGGAAAAGGAGGAGAAUAACCAAAUUCAGGGCGAUAAAAACCCGCCUAAGACUUAUUCAUGGGACAAAAGAGAGAAGGUUAAUCCAGCAGACUUCACGAUAGAGAAUAUCUCGGGCCAAGAGGUUGGUCGGUUACCAGGUACAAUAAAUGGACAGCAGUUCAUCAUACAGAAUUGCCAGUCAUCAAAAAUAUACUUGUUUGAUCACAUCAACACAAUAACAGUUGACGACUGCUCUGAUUGCGUCAUCUUCAUUGGGCCCACGACUGGAAGUCUCUUCUUGAGAGACUGUCAUGACUGCGUUAUUAUGGCUGCCUGCGGCCAGUUUCGUACCCGAGACUGCUGCAAGAUGGAUGUGUUUCUCCUCUGUCAGACACAGCCAAUUAUAGAGGCGUCAACAAAAAUGCGAUUUGGGUGUUUCCAGGCAUAUUACCCUCAACUUGCAGAUCAUUUUACCAAAGCUAAAAUCAGCAUUUUUAACAAUAACUGGUCCAACAUUCAUGACUUCACACCUGUCGAAGGAGAGACAAACUGGUCUAGUGUCUCUCAAAAUUCAGCCCUAGUGGAAGUCUUCAAAUUACCUAAAAGUGAAGAUUUCAAGAGCGUGGGUCUCAGUCUCGAUACCAACAUGAGUGUGGUCCCUUACUCAUUGGGGUCUCCAGUAUAUGGGACACAGGAAGCAACACUGAUCAUUUUCUUUUAUGAUGCGUCGCACAAACAAAGGGCAAUUAACUUUAUAACGCUGCUAAGAACAGAAGUCACCAACUGUAUGAUACAACACAGUCGAGAGGUCAAAAUGGAAGUUGCAGAUGCACAGCGUGUUUUCCGAACAUCGGAGUACAACAGUGUCAUUAGUCAGGGUCCAGUCAUAGCUUUACUCUGUCUUGGGACAGGUGUUAUGGAGGCUAGCAGUGCGAUCGCUGCGCAAGUGAACUCAUCCUCUGCAAGCCAGACGGUUUACGUGACAUCCGACAGUAACACCAGUAAUCAGCAAAUCGAUGCCUUCUUCUCUUAUGCCUCCAUGUCAAUGUCCCUUUGAAAUGCUUAUGCUGGAAUGAUUCGCAAAAAGUUUUUCAUUCAGGCAAUGAUCUUGGGACCUGCUUAUUAAACCACUGUUUGGUUUGCCAAAUUAAAUACAUUCACUACCCUACUAACAAACAUUCAAGUUAUGACACUUAGAGACAAGAACAGACAUGAUCAUAAAUUAAAAUUGUGUUCGGGAAGAAAGAACUGCGGGAAAAAAGAACUGUAUUAGGUUUUAUGUUUAUUUAUAUUCAUAAAGUACUUACUGCAUAAAAUACAUUAGUACUGUAUGUACAGUGUACAGUAUACUGUAUUGUGUUUUGGGUUGAAAAAAAGUACAGUAGUAUGUAUGUAUUGUAUUAACUUUAUAUCAUAAUGUACUUAAAUACACAUGAAGACUAACUUGCAUACAAUUCAAGAUACAAAGGGCCUUUCGGAACAUAAACUGAUUCAUGUGUAGAGCAGUGUCGUAGUCAUUACUACUUAAAAAUAUUUUAUACAGUAUUUUCUCAUUUUGUAGGCAAGUAUGACUCAACUCAGGCAACGAGCAAAAAUACACUCAGUUUAUUAUAAAAAUAGAUCAUAAGUUUCUGUUAAGAUACAUUUUCAUUGGGCCUUGCAGAAGCCAUUGCAGGAAGAACAUCUGGAUAGCCUAUAGUCACUACUUUUUCUAAAUGUUUUGGAGACAUAAUCUGUAGUGUAAGACUUAGUGAGACCAUUCUUUGUAUAUCUUUGAAGUGUACUAGUGCAGUCAACGCCCAGUAUUCACAGGGGAUGUGUACCACAAACCUCAACGAAUCGCUAAAGUCUGCAAAUACUAAAAACCCCCCUAAAAUCAUUUAUAAAUUCCAGUUUUGAUUGUUCAAACACCAAAAAAAAAACCUCUAAAAUGCUUAUACCCGAGGAUCUUGAUAGUUUUAUCACAAAAAAUGCAUCUAGUCAUGAAAACUGCAUGAAAAUACAGUAAUUAGUGAUUAUUUCUCUAUGAAAAAAUACUGUGAAUAGGUGAAUUUUCCACGUACAUGUUUCAUAGAAAAAUCUACUAAUAGGCAAGUCUGCAAAUCCUGAACCGCAAAUAGGUGUGAGUAUACUGUAUUUAAUUGCGUUAUUAAAUCAAGACUUAAUGAUCCCAGAAUUAGAUUACUAAUGAUUACAGAUGUUAGCUGCAAUAAUGUACACUUGAUUGAUUACAGUAAAUUUAAUUUAGUACACUCAUACACUACUUGUUGAAGUAGAUUGCUAAUGAUUACAGAUGUUAGCUGCAAUAAUGUACACUUGAUUGAAUACAGUAAAUUUAAUUCAGAACACUCACUCAUACACUUAUUGACAUUACCAUUUCAACUUUAAAUAUUUUUCCCAUUUUUAGAGCAUUUAUCAAAUAUUAAAUGUCUGGUACAAUAAUUUGAAAUGGUUACCAGAGUGUUUGGGAUCAAAGUUCUUAUAAUGAUACACUAUGAACUAGUAUAUAAAAUUAUUAUUACAAUAUUAUAAUUCAGAACAUGGACCUUAUUCAUAUGGGGUUCAUGUUCUGGACAAUAAACACAGUAUGUCUCCAUGUGUGCAGGAAAAGCAAAUCCAAAAUGUGAAGACUCCUAUGAAGUGUGUAGGUUCAGGUUUAUUUUUAAAUUAAUUUAUAUAUUUGAUUUGUUGCCUGGAAGCUGUUUAAAAGCACCUAUGUCAGUUUUAAUAUAUUAAACCUCAGUUUUCAGAGGCCCUCAGAUAUAUAUAUUUGUGGAUGGCGAAGAUAUUUACAGUGUUGCGUAAAAAUGAAUUUAAUUUCUUCAAAUGUAUUUUAGGCAGAUACGCACAUACAUUCUUGUUGAAGUUUUUUGUGGAACAUUUUUUUACAGGUCAAAAUGAAGCAAGCAGAUUUUAUUGUAGGACAUUGAGCAAUAAGUUUUCCUAGUGGUCAAUAUAUCAUAGACAUGAAUGUAAUAUUCCUUCACAUACUGCAUUCACAAGUAUUGUGUAUUCAUGCAAGGAACAUAUCUGACACUUCACAUAAGAUUUAGUGUUAACCUAAGAGGAGAGACCAGGUACUGAAUUGUUUAUCAGAAGCACACCUAGUGGUUAUAGGCAAGUAAAUGGCAAGCAUCUGAAGGGGGCCCUUGUCUCACUCAGUGCAACUCAUUUCAUUGCUUUGUCUGCAUGUGUGUAGAAGUUUAUUUGAAGCUUGUCCUCUUGACAAGUUUUUGUCCAGCAUUAUUUUCUCUCUUUCAUUUGCAGUCACUCAUCAUUUAAUGUCUAUUGGUAUUUGGAAUUUCGUUGAUGGAGUAUACAUACUAAACACAAUGGUUAUGUGGCUAAAUACUAUAGCACCAGUUGGCAUCAGAGAUUUUACUCUGUUCAUCUUGUCCAGAAUGGUUCAUGGUAGUACAUGUGAAUUAGGUGAUCACUGAAGAUGAUGCUGUUGAAGGACAGAGUACCCAUCCUGAAUUUUUUUUUAUGGUGUGUAUGAGUGCUUGAUGGUUCAGCUGGAUGAUAGAACAGAUUUGAAUAGAAUUUAGGCCAAAGCCCAAGUACUGGGACCUAUGAGGUCAUUCAGCGCUGAAACGGAAAUUUACGUAAAAAUGUUUGACAGGUAUAACAGGAGGAACCUCGCAGUUUCGCUAUGAAUCAAUUGUUAGGAGAGAGUGAAAAGUAAGAUGGAAGAAAGAGAAUAUGAACGGAAGUAUAGUAAAAGGAAUGAGUGUUGCAGCUAGGGGCCGAAGGGAUAUACUGUGGAAUAGGUGUUUGAAUUAUCCGCAGCUGAGGUGUACAGCAAUUAGUUCUCUGUCAAAGGUGCUAUCUUGUGAAGUGAAUGUUAUCAGUGUUAAAAGCCCUUUUCCACUACAUAAAUCCACUUGAACAAUUCUCCUCCUCUUACUUCCUUAUGAACACCAUAUUCUUUGUUAGCUUGAAUUUUGAAUCAGUGGGCACUGUGGGCUUGAUCCAUAUGAAUACGGUUCAUCUUCUGAACAAUAAAGAAUAAAUACUUUAUGUAAGUUUCAUGAUGUUUUUGUUAGGAUGCACAUUAUAGGAUGUUCUUUUGUUUUUGUCUUCACUGUAGAGAUGCAGACUCCAAAUAGACAAGAUAGUAUUAUGGUAUGUUAUAUUUUCCUCUCUGGUUGACAGAGAGAUAUAGAUACACCUACCCUCCUUCCAGAUAAAGGAUAGCAGUCAUUUAGCAGGUGAGACAGGGGCCUCAGUUUUGGGAUAGCACAACUAACAAUGUAAGCACCGCUCUAAUAGUUUCUAAUUAACUUAUUCAAAAUCUGGUUUCUCUACUACACAAGUAAUUAUGUUAAUAUUUAAAAUGAGUAUCUUCUGAUAACAAAAAAAUUUAUUUUGCCUGUGAUUCUCACGUCAGAAUAACGCAUCCGUCCAGUAUGUGAUAACGAGCAUCCUAUUAGCACUAUUUUUAUAUAUUAAGUCAUUUUAUAUCCUUCCAAACCAAAGAGGUAGCUAUAUGUAGUUUUGUUGAAUGAAAACCAUUCAGAAUGCUUUAGCGCACAAUCUCAUGUUGAAUAUAAUUUUAUAUGGUUAAUAAAUUAUUUAACGUUUA